CAAGUUAUUCGCCAAACAACGUCCCCGCAAUUUGCUAUGAGCGGUCGACUCGCAUCUUUCCGAGGUCCUUCAACGCCUAAUUCAUCCCCGGUUCAACGGCAACCCACGACCCCAAAGUCACCAGCCAGGCCCACCGAGUCAACUUACCAUCGAAAGCUACGGACGUGCUUACUCGAAUUACGCGGAAUAACAGAGACAUGGGAUGAUCUCGUGCUCGUUGAUGGAUUGAAGGCUGCAAAGAGCCUCGUUGAUACUAGGACUGAGCUAGACAAUGCCCUUUCGCUGAUUCCGGAUCGACGACCAAGGACGCGUAUAGUCGGACCGAAACUGCUGAUCAUGGACAAGCGGAUAUCCGAGCUAGAUGCAGUCAUAGCGAAGCUACAAAAGCAAUUUCGCAAAAUGAAUACCGUUAUCGACACCAUGGAGGGCCUUGUUGCAGAAGCUCACAAGAAUAAAGGCUGGAAUUGGGUGCAGCAUGAACCGCUUUGGGUGACAUGGUCACUGAAUAAAUUUGUGACCUCUAUACCAGACAUUCUUCCCGUCUAUCAUCGUGAACUUACCACGCAUAAGGAGCUUGUCGAUUCUCUCCGAAGUCAUUCCGUUUCUUUCGACGACUCUCGCAGUGCCAUUACAAAAUGGACCGAGCAACCGUGGAUAGAAGUUUCAGGCUGGGAAGCCAGAUGGGAAGAUAUAUGCGUAGUAGAGAUUGAUCGAUGGGAAGGAUCAUGAAGUCGACUUGAACCCCGCUUCGAAUGUAAAUGGCGCCGGGUUGGGUUGGAUCAUCGCGACGCUGUUUUGGUCUCAAGGGGCGCUCUUCGUACACCCGAGGAUUAUUACACUCUUGUCAAAUGCCUGGGAGGGUGCAAUGUAAGAUAAAUCUAGAGUCCUCGUUAGCAAUUCAAUAUCAUUUAGGAUCUUCAGACACGCACUAUGCAAUCAAGAAGUGUGCUUU